CGCCAUCCUGUUUCCCUUCUGCCCGUGGGUCAGCGGUUUCCACAACGCUGAAUUUUAUAGUAUUAUUUUUGUUCAGUUCCACCUCAUGCAUGGGCUUUCUGGGUGGCUCCCUAUCCUUUUGCUGCCUCAGUUUCCCCAUCUGUAAACGAGUUUUAUUGCAAUGCGCUCCCUCCCCUUAAGCGGGGGGGGGGAGUGCUUAGAAGCCCUCUUUCUCUCACAAAAUGGCUCUUAACGGCGCCUUAAGAGCACGGGACGAGCGGCUGAAUAACCUAAAAUUUAAAAAGAAGCCCAUGCAAACAAAAGAAGAAAAAUGAAUGGCGGGGAAGGAGGGAGGAAAGAAAGAAAAGAAAACCUCCAGAGAGUGCGCGCGGGGAAAAGCAGGUUUGCCGCCUUUCCCCCACCGUGGACCACCCACCCUCAGACCCCCCGAAAUGCGGGUGCAAAAGCAAGACGCAAGUCGGAGGAGGCGAGCGAGUGCAAGCACAAGGAGAAAAAAUGGAAAUUUCCUCGUUUUCGUCCUGGGGCUUUUCCUGAAAUUCAGCGGCAGGGAUUGCUGAGACUUGGGGCAUAGCUUUGGAAAUGUCAUUCAAACGGGAGCCUUGUGAGUCUUUCUGGAAAUCAUAGCAACUCAACGGUAUCUGAAGAUCUUCCACACUCUUCCCUUAUUCUUUUUCUCCCCCCCCCACCCCACUUUUUGGGGGGAAUCAUCAAAGAAACUACUGCAUUUCAUUUUUGUAGAGGACCUGAGACUGUUUGGAUUUAUUUAUUUAUUUUCCCUGCAAGGAAACUUGACAGAAAAGUAGAUUUAUUUCAAAUGCAUUUCAACACAGAGGACGGAACGCCUCUGCAAAUACGCUUCAUAAUAAAUAUUACAUGUGGAAUACAGUACUGGCUGCAUUUUAAAUCCGGUUUCCACCGUGCAUCGCAAACUGAGGAGGGAAACACUGGGAAGGCGGAAAUACCUUUGAGACCCUGAGGACUCCCCCAUACCUCAACCAAUGGAACUGCAUAGAAUAAAACAACUGGAUUAUAUAUAAACACUGGCACUUAACGAUUACUGGCUGCUUUAUUUUUUGGGGGGCGGGAGGGGGGACACUCCAUCCGCUUCUGCAUAUAUUUUUCCCCUCCUUUCCCCUACUCCUUGCUAUAAAUGAUGGCUCAGACUGGGAUAAGAGGUUACGACACAAGAGAGAUAGUGCAGACGUACAUCCAUUACAAGCUGUCGCAGAAGGGAUAUGACUGGGUUGCCAGUGAAGACAGAGAAGACCUUCCUUCUCCUCCUCUUCCUCCAGAUCCUCCUGCUGCAGAGACCUUCCCUAACCUUGCUAGGCUGGCAUCUCAUCCUUCCGAGCUGCCUGUAAGUAACGUCGCCCCGGCUGGCGGACCGCACCCUGUGCCACAGGUUGUCCACGCGACUUUACGUCAAGCCGGGGAUGAGUUUUCGCGGCGUUACAGGAGGGACUUUGCUCAGAUGUCUGGACAGCUGCACUUGACCCCGGUCACUGCCAGAGCUCGCUUUGCGGCAGUUGUCGAAGAGCUCUUCCGAGACGGGGUGAACUGGGGGAGGAUUGUGGCGUUCUUUGAGUUCGGUGGCAUGAUGUGCGUGGAGAGCGUCAGCCGGGAGAUGUCGCCCCUUGUGGACAAUAUCACAGUGUGGAUGACUGACUACCUGAACGGGCACCUGGACAACUGGAUCCAAGACAAUGGAGGCUGGGAUGCUUUUGUGGAGCUCUACAGCAACAACAUGAGGCCUUUGUUCGAUUUCUCGUGGCUGCCUCUGAAGACAAUUCUGAGUCUGGCUGUUGUGGGUGCCUGCAUCACCCUUGGAGCUUAUCUGGGGCAUAAGUGACUUCAACCAACUUGUGGCGAACUGAUGAAAAAGUCUUUUUUUUAAUUGAAAAGAGAGGAUCAGAAAGCAUGAGAGCUUUUUUUGUUUUGUUUUUCCUGUAGCAUAAUGCUAUUAUUUUAUGAGCCAAGUAUCUUUCUGUCUAAAUAUUAAAUCAGCUAUUACUGCCAAAGGGAAUAUUCAUUUAUUUUUUACAGUGCAGGAGAAGAGUUAUUUAUUGAAGAUAUUUUACAUUUAACCUGCUAUUUUCCUGAAAUUCUGCAAGUUAUACCCACGUGCAUCUUUAUAACGGAAGUUUAAGGACACUCCAAAGAUCUUCAGCUUUCUUGCAAAAUGCCGCUCGACAAGACUAUUUUUAUCACAUUGGACUAUAGGGCACAAGAGACCGAGGUGUUUUAUCUGCAGGAAAGACAGUAAAUGGGCUACUUGCAGAGGUGUAAAUUUGCAGUUUAUUGCUCUGCCCACUGAAGGAGGAAGUAAAUCGCAGCAUGGAUGAGAUGGGAGCAAUUUCAAGCCAGUAACGCCUUUGGGAUAUAGCAAUUCGACAUGGUACCUAUUCAGAGCGAGAAACGACGCGACGUUCAGGCCAGUAAUAAAGCCCAUGUAGCUCGUCAGCUCAGGCCCAAAGCUGACGUCUGGGAAUACGAUUUCAUCCCAACUUGUGAAACAUCCCGAUAUGUACUGUUUUGUGCCACUCGACACCACCAUAGGUCAUCGUUGGGAGGAUACCAUUUGUGCAUCCUCAAAGCAACGAUUUGAAAUGAAAUAACUUCAGAACUGCAGAACAAAUAUUCUGUUUAUAGAGUAUAUUCUUCAAUCCUCACUUUACCACAUGGCCAUCAGGAAACCGUAAGUGCCUGCCACCUGCCUUGCAGGACCCGGAGCCUGGAUGUUCUGGCUCGCAUCCCCACUGGAGCGAGAGUUUACCCACAGCUGAUCCUACUUUUACUCUCUGAUUUCUUCUUUGCCGGGGAGGGUGGGGUGGUGGUCUUAAAAGCAAUCCACGUUGGUUGCUGAAUAAUACAUCUCGAAGCCAAGAGAGGCCCAAGAAUUGAAAUCAGGUGACAAGAGAUUAGCUCGGAUCCGCCAUCUUUAUUAAAAUGGACCACCCCACCCCACCCCAAAUUAAGUGCUUUGCAUUUUAUUUUUCUCUUAAGUGGAGCUUUAUUCCCCUCAAUAGUAUUGCGUCCUGGUUAUUUCUUUAAGACCGUCUUCAAAAGGAUAAAGAAUGCAUCCAUUGCCUCCAUCUGCAGAGGCUCACAGACAUCAUCCCGUUCCCUAAGGUGCCUAUUGUCUUUUGUAUGGAAACCUGGGGAGGAAGAGGGGAGGGAGGGGGGAAUCCUUUUCAGUAAGAUGAAAGCAGAGUACUUAAUAAGACCACUUUUCUGAGAGUACCUUAUUUUGUUUUAAAAAAUCCUAAACACGUAGCAUGAGAUAGAUCACUAGGAGCACGGCUGUCAUCGUGGUUGAGCAUCUCUGAGAGCCUGCCAUGACCCACUGCUGACCACCAGAGCCCCCAGGCCCUAUACCUGGCUAUUGCUGCGAGCUCACCUGUCCUCCCAGGUGUGCAAACAGCAGAAAAAGAAGCACCAUUCGCUUCCCUUGGCCUUCUCCUUCUGGGCAGGUGUGUGGAUUGUAUCCAGAGGAAAAGGGCAAUUGAAUGGGCAGUGGUAGCAGCAAGGAGGUGGGCUUCCCCAAAUAUGUGGGGUCCCUUGAGAGCUUCUUGGUGUACUGCAGCUUUGUAAAUAACAGAAGUUACUAGCCUGCAAAAAAGAAGAAGCAUUAGCUUACUAAGGGCCUAGUAGCCCAUUCUUCCAUGCUGGCUGCAGAGGGAGGGUCAUAUGCUACUAGCCAGUCAGCAAGCUAGUAAAAUGAAUAGCCUUCUCCCAAGCAGACCAUCGAUGGAGUGAGCUGUCCUUGUUCUGCCAGGCCACUGACUUGCUUGUAAGGAAUUCCUGGUCACCUACACUGACCAGGCGAGCUGUUAUGAGGCUGGUGUUGCGGAAUAUUCAUUGCUGAAGGUAUUUAAGAGCAAGUUACAGCUGAAUGGGGUUGGGUUGCCUGAGGUGGACUCAACCCCUAAAGUCAAAGAAAUGGCAGGGUGGUCUCUUCCUCAGUGCUUCCAAGAGGGUGCUUACAGUGGGUUCAGUGCUUCUCAAACAUGCAAACAUGUCUGUAUUCACCCCCACCUACAUAUAUAUAUAUAUAGAGAGAGAGAGAGAGAGAGAGAGAGAGAGAGAUUUACCCCUUCUGAGGAAAGUCCAAUAAGAGGGGGAGAAACCUGUUAGUAAUGACAUGUUUGUGAUAUCUCAAUAACCUUCUAGCAAAUUAAGCUCCCGCCAAGAAGCACCUCUGGUCAUGUAUUCAAAUAUAUCUACCACUUUAACAAAGGCAACUCUAGAUUAGAUGCUUUGCCGUAAUGGCCAGUUGUUGAUCUCAGUGUAAUACAUUAAGGGGGGGAAAGGCCAAGGGGUCAAAAGAAACUCAUACACACAACAAAUGCUUCCCUGCAUGCUCAGAACAGUUUUUGUCUCUAGCACCUGCCCUUAUUACAGCGUAGGGCUGGAUCUACAUUGAUCUGUUAAACGUUACUAAAUAUAACGUUAUGUAAUGUUCAGUGCUGUUUUCCAUUGCCAGUGGUUCACUGCUCUGCAGCACCCUCUGGUGCCACAUUUUAAUAACACAUUUUUAACAUUAUAAACCAUGAGUGUAGAUCUGCUCUGGGAUUCUGCACAGGGCGGGGGGGGGUGAUGCCCCACCAGCCCUCAUGAGCAGUUUUGUGAUGUUGCAGUGGGGAGCCAGAAAAGUCUCAGCAUAUACAAAAAGCCAACUCUCCAUUAGUUCUUUGGAUCCAGCCAAUGAGUUUCGGACCAUAUUAAUGCAAGGGCUUUUUAUUUUUAUUUUAUUUAAACAAUACAUGCCCCAAAGGAACAAAAUCUAAAUUAGAUGUGGUGGACAUGUUUGACUUCUGUAAAUUUCCAUCUUUAAAAACCCUCACCUUUUUAUUUUAUUUUUCUGUUUAUAAAACUGUACAGAAAUGGAUUUUAUACAUUAAUAUGCAUCCAGUAAUAAAUAUCUGGAUUGAAGUACAGUUGCUUUAACACUUAAGAUGGCAUAGCUAGAUAAAUAAAUAAAUAAAUAAAGCGAAAGAAAGAAAGAAAGAUGAAGAAGGCUUAUCAGAUCUGAGUGAAAUAUCUUAAUUUUGUGGCAUUAUAUGCAAAAAAAAUAUCAGUCUAGGGAAUGUAAUAUUUUCAUUGCUUAAGGCUGUAGUUUAUAUCAUGUCUUCAAAGCUGCUUUUUAAAAGAUGGGCAGAAUCCACCAAGGAGCUACUCUUUUUCAGCUCCCAGUCAUUAAAAUGGAGCAUGUGCAAGACAAGUUCCUUGGGGAGUGCGCCCAGUGUGUUAAUGCAUCUCAGCAUCACUGUAGCUACUCUACAGUUAUGGCACUUGUACCCGUCAUUUCAGGAGCGACAGUGAACUAAGCUUUUACGCUUCACGGCAGAAAUAAAUGUAUAAAGGCAUUUGUUCAAACUUAUGUACCCUCGAUACCAUGGGUGUAACUUCACCAAGCUGAAAUGCUUAGCUUUGCAAAAGCUGAAAUGCUUAUGAAUAAAUGUUGAAACUGUGCAUUUAUAAGGAGCAGUUCAGAGGAAGCUGGCUCACCUUCAUCCUAUGGGACUCAACGGCUUUAAACGUUUCUAACAUUUACUGCAUUGUCCGAAGAGUAAAAAACAACAACACAACAACAUAUGGGGGUGGGAAUUAAUUGUCUAACAAACCACAUCCUUCUGAGAAUCCAAGUAACUAUGCUGCAAAAGAGGUACCCAUGUGUUGCAUAACGCAUAGGUUUCCAUGCGCCAGUAUGUGCAGUAUUCAAUGAUUUUCAUCAGUGUUGCAUGCCAGUAACUUCACCAAGGGCUGGUUCACAUAUCACUUGAUCUUUCCUCAUUUGUUUGCUUAGUACUUAGCAACUCUCACAGCCCGGGGGUUCUAUGCUAGGAUGGGUGUGUUUAGUGGUUUAAGCAUGCCUAACUCUGCAUAAGAUGAGGCUGUCCCGUUCAAUAUGCAAUCUGUCUCUGUUGUAAAGUACUAUUGUUUGGGUUGGCAUCAAGUUAUGUGAAAUUUCUGUCAGUGGCGAGUAUGCACAUAUAUCAUCACAGCCAAUAAGUAAUGGUCAUAUGUGUUUGACGUAGCCCCUUAAUUCAACUCACGGUGCAAACAUACCCUCGGACAGCAUCCUUCAAUCUCGGGUCCCUAGAUGCUGUUGUAUUACAAAACUCACAUCACUUUUGGCCGUUCGCCAGCAGCAUCUGGGGACCCAAGUCUGAAGACACUGCCCUAGAAUGAUGCCCAGGAGUCCCAAGGGCAUGAUGAGGAACAAUAGCAUGGGAACAACCAGUAAUAACAUGGGAACAACCAGUACUGCACCAUAUCCUAAACCUGCUGAGACAUGUUACAGUAUGACAUGGGAGAAGAAAAGGCAUCCUGUGCCCAAGAUCUGUAUCUGUAUCUGUACCAAGAUCUACGCUUGAACUGUUGCAACAUGCUUGGCAGGCAGAGAAUCUGGUGCCAUACUUCCCAACUUGUGCAAGGCAACCAUUGUGCAUGGGUCAAGACGACAGCAGCUUUCGUUGUUCUGAUCCAGCAAAUAGGCUGGGCAGCCUGGCCCUAAGCAGCUGCAUUAUCUGGAGUGGCAGAGAUGGAACAAAAGCAAACAGAUUCUGCCUUCCACUGUUCUGUGCAAUGCCAAUACCCUGGUGCCACUUCUGUGCCAUCCCAGCACAGAGGCAACGCAACAUGGAGCUAGGUUCAAGCUCUCUAUUUAGCACGCUUCAAAUGGCAGCUGCAAACUCCUCAUCGUACAUAGUGGGUUACGGGCGUCAAACGUUACCAACAAAGAAGAAUUGGGUCUUUUUCUUUUCUUUUCUUUUAGCUGAAGGUUUACAAUUGUCAAAAUGAAAUGGUAAUGAGAAUGAACUAUAUGAUAUGUCUGUGCUGCUAUUCAACCAUGAUUCUUUGAACAAAGUUUUAUUUUGUGGCAUCACCCAGUUCCGAGACUUUUCAAAGCUGCUUUAGGUGUAAUUUGAAGUAGUCACGUUACAAGGCAUUUAGGUAGAUGCUGACAAUUGAUGUUUUAUUGUGUCUCUGUCCCCUGGGCUUCACAGUAUCGUAAUAGGUGUAUGCCAGAGAAGGCCAGGUGUGCUGUUGAUAGUCUAUAUUUUAUGCAGGUGAUCUUCGGUGUUCCCUCCUCCCAUCUUUGCUGCAGAAUUGUACAGUGUUGUGGCUGCACUAGCUAUAAGGACAGUUGAUACUGCUAAUAGUCAUGUUAAACAUAUUUAGAAAGGUUGAAUGUAUAUAAAAGCUUGAAACUGCCCCUUUCCCUGAGCUUUUUCACCGUGACUGGCAGCCUUUCCUGGUUUCACCUGGUACAUUGUUUUGGUUUAGGGGUGGGGAAGCCCUGCAAAACAUCGAAUCAGUAGCACUUUGUCCUUGCACAAGGAACCAAGACUCAAGUGGCUCUCCCUAGGCCAUGCCAUAAUUCCACAGCAGAACUGACACAGGAGUCUCUUGCUUGUGUGCUCAUUUAUACUUAUGCACUCAACCAAGUUGGCUCCCAUUAACCUUGUGCAUAAUAACUCAGUUCUGAGGGGCCAGUUCUAAAAAAAAUGACAGUGCUGAGAAAAUAACUGCACGUAGAAGGAAUCAUAGAAUUGCAGAGUUGGAAGGGACCCUGAGGAUCAUCUAGUCCAGCGCCCUGCAGUGCAGGAAUAUGCAGCUGUCCCAUACUGGGAUCGAACCUGCAACCUUGGUGUUAUCAGCGCCAUGCUCUAACCGUGCCACAGGUCCUACCAUGUGAAACUGCUGGAGGUAGUUAACAGUGAAGCUUUGGCGGUCUCUGUGAAUGGGAAGAAGUAAGGAAAUGCCUCCAGAAUGGCCCUCCUUGGCCAAAUACAUUGUGUGCAGGCUUCCUAGGAAGCACUGAAGAUUCCCUCAAGAAAGAAAGAGCCCUGGAAGAUGGACCAAACUAUCCUUCCCAAAUACACACACACAACACACACACACACACACAGUGGAAUCUUCAGUGCCUGCGCACACAAACCAAUUUGGUUAGGUUUCGCAUGCUCAUAUUCCAGAGCUGUGCUGCUCCAGUGUUAACACUUGAGCUGCAAGCAAAUACACAGGCACCCCUCUUCCCUUCUGCAUCAGUUUCAGGUGUAAUGGAGCCAGCAUCUAAAGAUGGCAGAGUGGCUCUCAACAACAAAUGGGUUGGAGUGCAUUGGGUUUCAGCUUUGUUUCUGGAGGUUUUUGUUUUACCCCAUAUAGGCUACUAAGGACCAAACUAUAAAUGAUCUUAACUGUUUGAAUGUAUUUGACAUACGUAUUUUUCACUGAUACUGGGAUGGGGAGGGAAGUGAACCAUUCCCUGUCCCUCCAUGGUUCGGAUGAAAAUAGCCAACCCACACCUAGGGAUGAGAGAGAAACUCCCAUUUGCUUUUUCCAUUUUAAUUUGCACUUCCCCAAACAAUAUGCGAACUGCAACGCAAGCUAUCCUUCAGAAUUCACACGUCUCCAACCAAAAUGUAUUAUGUAUGGGGAAUGUACGGGCUUGCAAAGCAAACAACCAUGUACAUUAGGAGAAGCAUGCCCUAAAAUGCUGGUGAAUAUUUGUGAGGACUUCUAAAAGUAUCUCAGAUGCAUCAGUGUGACAAAAUGAACUGAAGGUUGGAAAAAGGAGAAACGGAAAUCGGAGCUGACAGCCUUGUCCCAUCCCUAUCGACAGCUGCUUCCCUAAGAGGAAAGCUUCCAUUAAGUGCCAAUGGAAGCUUCCCUGCCAAGUCUGCUAGCAGAUUUUGGGGGGUGAUUUCCACUGGGAACACGGCAAGUGGGAAGAGUUAACCAUCACCCCUUCCCUGAGGACCACUGUCCUUCUGAUCACGAGGCCAGGGCCGUAAUGCAGAAGAAGAAACAGCUUGACCCUGGACCUCCUGUGUGGAUCAGAAGUGUUUGCUGAUUUGGCACUGGGGAUUCAUUUCUGCAGACAUCAAAUGGCUAUGCAACUGUGGUUUAUGUAAGCCCUUUUUCAAUAGCAGUUAUGGAGGCAAACCCGGUUCCAUUUGACCCCAGAGCAUUGUGGUAUGACGAGCCACCAACUACUUUCCAGUGCUAAACAACAACAGCAAAAUGGAAGCGGCGUACAUGGCUUGGGUUCUAGCGGGAGAGUUAGACAGACCUUCCAUGUUCAGAGGCAGUGGGUGAUGCUGGAGGGCUUCAUUCCACAAAGAGAACCACCAGGGUUUGCAUCAAUAGGAAGGCUGAAACCUUUUUGAAAGCAGUAACCUUUUCUUUUCUAACUGGAUUGAGAGAAAACAAAAGAUGAGUUAAUUUAAUUAGCAGGUUUUUUUUAAAAAAAAACUGCUUACAGUUAAUGCAGCUUCAUCCAUACACAACAUCCAGUCACGCUGGAACACUCUCUUAAUCCUGCAGAGGUGUCUGCUUUUCCCUCAGUUAAACCAUCAAGGAAGGUCCACGCAUAAGGGCUGCUGCAACAGUGAUGCACAGAUGUUCCAAGCAGGGCUCAACAGAGGCCUGCUACCACCUCCCUCCCUCCCCAUCUAUCCACACACAUGCAGGCAGCAAUCAUGGGACAUUAUGUAUGUUUCUCUCAUCUCCCCACCCAGCCAUCCCUCUAUGCACCUUGCAGACAUUUACUUGCAAGCACAAGUAACUUGCACUGAGCAGAGAGGAAGGCUUGAUGACGAAAUUGGAGCCUCUCACACAAUUGCUACUUCCCAGUGCACUGCAAGCAGGCUAGCUGUGCAGAUUGGCCACGCAAGUGGACCGUGCUCCUAUUUUUCUUCUGUUUGGAUUUUAAUUAGCACCAGCAUUGCUGUAAUACACAGAUCUAGUUUAUUUCCAUGUUUUGGAUGUUGUAUGUAAUGUUUUUUUUUUAAAAAAAAUGUUUGCCUGUAUAUUACCAUUUAUUAAAAUAAUCACAUCGUUUUAUUUUAAAGUCGACAUAAAUCAUGCUGCCAUUAAACGUUCCAUGUCUUCAGCUAAUUUUGUGUGAGAGAGAAAUAAAAUAAAGCACACUGUGAGAUGUC